AUGUGGGCCGAUAUACCGGACCGGUCUUCGAAGGGCCAAUCGGGACAGCACGACGAACUUGGCCAUGAGCUGCUGCUGGCUGGCGAUGCCUGGUGCCACGUGACGGUCGUUGAAAUUCCGGUCAUCUUAGCCCAUUUACGGCUUGUGUUGGUCGCCAGUUGCGAACAAGUCUUGUCAAAAACUUGCUUUACCGCCAACCGACCGGCUGGUCACCUUUCGUUCGUCAGUUCAGUCGACUCGACUCCGUGGCGGCCAUUUCGAAGACGUCGUUGUAAAAGAACCGAGUUCCGUACGUGUGUCGACUGA